AUGGCGCACGGCAGGGUCUCGCGCGCGGUGGCGCGACUGCUGCGUCCGUUCCACCGCCACCAGAGCAAGGACGUUGAGGCGCCGACCAAGCGGCAGCGCGGCUCCAUGACGUCCACGACCACCUCGUCCACGUGCUCCACGACGUCCUCGCGCAGCAGCGCCGGCAGUGGCGGCUUCCGCGCGUCUGCGGGCGCGCGCGCCUUCACGUUCAAGACCGACGGCGACGGCAUCCCGCACUCGGUCAUGAUGCCGCCCGCCCUCUUCCGGCAGAUGCGCGCGCUCACGGAGCAGGCGGCGGCGCUGAGUGCCGGCGAGCAGAUGCGCGCAAGCCACAAGGGCUUCGAGCCGUCGCUCUCCACCUCCCGCACCACGCUUCGCUGGAGAGGCGACUUCAGCACCAAGACACUCGACAAGUUGGUCAUCAUCCUCACGGAAGACGACUCAGACGGCUUCGCCAGCUCGAUUGGAAGGCGUUCGGCCAAGCAGGUGUCGCUGGACACUGCGGCCAAGGCGAUGCUCCAGCUUUGGACGGACUGCAUGCAGAUCCUUGACGUGCUGGCGGAUGGGGCCGCGCCCGAGCCGUCGUUGAGGCACACGGUCGCCCACUCGCGGGACCUCGCGAUCGCUGCGGCGGCGGAGAAGCGCCGUCAGCUGGAACAAGCGGCGUUGACGCUACUGGCCCUCGUGAUCAGAAGACACGAGUUCGAUGCCUUGCUGGUGGCGGCUGGUCAUGGCGGCUGCAAGAGCCACAAGCCGACGGACGAAGCGAGGCACGGCAAGGGUCGAUUGUCGAGACGGUUGUCUCGCACCUCGCGCCGGUCGCGCAGUGUUUCCACCACCGCCAACAGUGGAAACCGUUCGUCGCUGUCCUCAAAGCCGACUCGACAUUCGAGGAAGAGCGAGCGCUCCGGACAAGACCGCAACGCGAAACUCUGCGACCUGGUCCACCGGUUCUUGGAGCUGCACCAGUCAACACUGCAUUAUGCCUUUGAGACGGUGCAUGGGCCUAUCGACUCCAGUGACAGCAACGCGGAAUUCAACUCGUUCGACCCGCACCAGGAGGUGCUGUCGGCGCUGGUAGCGACAAGCUACGUGCGUGUGCCGCGACUGCGGAGCCACAUACUCGACAAUCUGAGUAACCUGACGCCGGCCACUUCAUUCACUAGCUCGAGGUCGGUUUCGCUCACAUUCUUGAGCUCUCGUGCGCGCGGCAAAUCGUUCCUCGAGGACAAACUGCGUCUGACGCCGUACAACUGGCACUUCACCAUGUACCCUCAGUGUCAGAACUUGCUGGCGACUGUGAACCGAGAGGACCGUUGGGCUCCCUCGGUGCAAAUGCUGCACCAGCUGAUGAGCGACACAGAUGGAUGCAUGCUGGUUCUCGCGCAGAUCUUCAAACAACUCACGGGUCAGCAAGUUUUGGGACGCACCGACUGGAAGAAUAUCCCUGGUGCGGACGUUCUCAAGGACGCGACCCUAGAGAUCACCAAAAGUCUAUUCCAGACGGAACUUCAGCAGCGCGAGCCGAAGUGGCAAGACUCCGUCGAGGAAAAGGUUGGUAACGACACUGCGUCCGCUAGUGAGAAGGAGCCUCAGCCGUUCCGCGAUUCCUUUUCGCUCAUGGACGGAAGUUUGGAGGAGAUCGACACCCCGACCGCGUAUUUCGCUGUCCAGGUGACAUCAAUGAUGCACGAAAACGUCGGAUUCAUCCACGAGUACUUGAUGACGAUCCUACGAGCCACCAACUACAUGCUGCCGCACCACGUGAUUCUCUGCCUGCAGUACAUGGAGAAGCUGAUGCUGGAGUUCCCGGCUUUCUUCGUGAAUGAAGCGCCUGCGCAAGAUUUCCUGGCGUUGUCGACCAUGGACACCUCCAAUCCUCGCAAUCAGCCGCAACAGGAACACUCAUGUGCCGAUGUGGACACGCUUCGCUACGUGUUUUCGUGCUUGCUGGACUCGGAGCACUUCGAGAUCCUCAAGGCGACGGAGCUGUUCCUGCUCAAGAACUUUAUGGGACUUUCGGUUUCGCUGCAGCUGCAGCUAACGGAUCUGUUUGCGACGCACGUCAAGAGACUGUUCCUCCACUGGAACCGCGACGUUCGCUACUGCUUCUACCACAUCCUGCUGUAUUUGACGUACCCUGGCAACCGCCUGGUACUUGGCGCCCGAUCGGAUGAAGCCCUCAUGGGAGCGGAAGCAGCUCGGCUGUUCGAGAUCCCUGGGCUUGUGCGCUCCGGCGGCGCCGCGAGCUGGGACGCGUUUGAUGUCCCGCUUCAGCAGAUAGUGACGCGCUACACUCAGAUGACGAAGCGUAGGCCGCGCGCCCGGCACACGACGUCCUGGGUGGAUUCAGUGCCGUGGACCAUCGUGCAGCGCUCUGUCACCGAGUACAAGACCCACGUGAAGACAUACUUCGCCUACGCGCAGCAGAUUUCGAUGCACCAGCGCGUACCCACCCCUGUCUUCUCUGUCAAAAGCGGAGAGGACGUCCCUUCCCCAGCCGCUGCCGACCGACCUCGGCAAGCGGCAGUACUAGCCUGA